AUGAAUGAACUCGAAUCAUUUUCGCCACGGCAUGAAGGGCAUCAUCACGCAGCUAAUAUAAAAUAUGGCUACAUAGUCUUGGGGUUUUCGGUGGUUCAUAUAAUUGGCAUUUUAAUAUGUAAGAGUGUCUUCAAACUUCGCUGGACUACCUCCACGAAAGGAAUAGACUUUGUCAAAUCACCACUUUUUAUUUCGAUUAUUGCAUGGACUUUGAUUUUGAUAGGACUUGGAGUUUUUCACGUACAAUUGCCAGAGAACUAUGUUACUAGUAUUAAGCGGUUUGGUAGAAUGUCGUAUGCGCUUUUGCCCUUCGAUAUAUUUCUCGUAUUAAGACCUAACAGUAUUGGUCUCAGAUAUUUGGAAUUGAUGGAUUUACAUAAAUGGAUGUCUCGGGUGAUAAUUGCUGGGGCCAUUAUUCAUGGAGUGGGCUAUUUUAUCAAGUGGAUAUUGGAAGGAAGCCUCUUCACCAAACUGGUUAGAUUGUGGAAUUUCUUGGGGAUAGUGGUAUUCAUGCUAAAUUUAAUUUUGAUAAUUAUCUCGCUAAGGUAUUUCCGAAGGAGGAUAUACCAGUAUUUCUAUGUCGUGCACAAUAUAACGGUUUGGUUGUUUGUGGGAUUGAUUUGUUUGCAUGCCAGGCCAGGUGUUGGAAAAUAUGCCAUCGCAUGUGCUAGCUUAUUGGGUCUUCAAAUAUUUGAAAGAUAUGCGAAAUCACAUUCAAUUUCAGAUUUAAAAGUGAUUUCAUACGAAGGCUCCAACUUGAUAGUAGUAAGGAUACAACGAGAUCUGAAGAUUGCUGAUUGGCCGAGUGGAUCACACAUCCGUUUAACCUAUCCUCUAACCAAUUAUAGAUCCUGGAUAUUUCCUACUCAUCCUUAUACAAUUGCAUCACUAGAGUCGGAUGAAAUGUUAGAUCUAAUCAUUAGCAAAUCGAAUCGUUUUAUAUUGCACCCGCAAAUGCCUUACUCGUGGACUGGGCCUUUUACUUCCUUUUCAAAGGAGCUCUUACAAACUAUCGAUAACGUCGAUAUUAUUUGUGGGGGCUCUGGUAUCUCAUUUGCAUUGCCAGUUUUCCGAAACCUAAAGCAAAAGGCAUCUCAUGUGAAAUUGAUUUGGUGCGUUAGAAGUAACAAUGAUUUACAUGUCUUGAGAACUUUAAACUUUAAUGAAGAAAUAAUCAUACAUAUUACUGGUAACCUUCAGGAUUCUACUUCAAAUACAAUAUUUGACGAGGAAGAUUAUGGGUUAUUGGAUUAUGAUAAUAAUGAAAAUUUUGAACUUGAGUCAUUACCAUCCUCUGAGACUCCAUCCAGAACGGUUAAUGAUGACUCUUUGUCGCAGGACACAAGGCCCAAAAAGGAAUCGAAAUUUAUCAUAGUACAAGGAAGGCCAGAUUUUGGAAACACCUUCGAAUCUUUGGUCCAGGUAAACAGCUCUAAUAAAUGGAUAAUUGCUUGUGGUCCGAGAAGUCUUGUAAAUAGUGCCCAAGAGUGGGCAAGUGAAAAUAAGGUUAAUUUUGUCUCUGAGAUAUAUGAGAUGUGA